AUGCGCAUUUUCAAGGAAUCUUCACAAAAUACCCAAUACGCUACACCAGGGGGGAUUACUCAAAGGUUGUCGGACAUCGAUUUCGCUGGCUUGGACAAGAAUGGGUGUUAUGAGUUUAUCGAAAGGUUCACUAGAGAAAAGUGUGAGAAGCUCUAUUACUGCCAACCAGAUAUUGAUUUUCCCAAAGGUUUGACCUUAAUUUCCAAUGAGAUGGAUUAUGCCGAUUUUAUAGCAAUAGCUUAUGAAUGUGGUGUUAUACUCCCUAUGUAUGUAGACCAUUUUGGUAAUAGUAACAUGCAGGAAUGGUUGGAUGAACACAAAGAAGAGGUUGUUGAUAACAUAGUGGAACAAGUAAUUGAUGGUGCAAGACUAAUUAAGGAUAUUGAGAUAGGCCAUUUGGAUGAAGAUGAGGAUGAAGAUGAAGGUGAGGAUGAGGAUGAGGAUGAGGAUGAGAAUGACCAUGGGGCUGAGGAUGUGGAUGUUGAUGAAGAUGAGGAUGACCAUAGCAACCCUCAUUUUUUUCAAAAAGGAUAA